CAGAGGGGAAGAAGCUGUUCCUGAAUCGCUGAGUGUGUGCCUUCAGGCUUCUGCACCUCCUACCAAAGGGAAGCAUGAUUUCUUCAUGACCAAGGAUGGCUUUCUGUUCUUCCAGAUGUCACCUGGAGGGGACAUUUUCAACCAAGAACAUGACAAGGUUUACCAAGACAUGAUGAAGCUACUCAAUCAAUAUUACAUUUCUUCCUCUCACAACACCUACCUGAUUACGGAUCAGCUGGAGGCUCCUGGUAGCACCAAGGCCUAUAUCAGGCCCCAUUCCCAAGGAGAGAUGUGCUGGUACAGAGGAGGUUUGCAAGAACAAUCCCAGGAAAAAAAGGCCUUGGCAAGUAGGGUAAAGGAAAACCCCAAGGCAUUCUUCAAUUAUGUGAAGAAAAAAAGGAUGACAGGAGUGAAGGUCACUCCCUACCUUCUCAUCCUCUUCCUGAAGACCCAUUGCCACACAGAACAGCAGAAGGUCAUGGUGCAGCACAUGAAAACCUUUGUGGGGGACAAGCUGCUGUACAGGAGCUUCAACAGGAAGGUGCCUUCACCUGAGGUCAUCUCUGCCCAGCAACUCCCUAAAUCAAACAUGGUGGAACACAGCUCAGUGGUGGACCUGCUUGUGAAGGUGCAGGUUUUUGGAGUUGGACAAGACAAUGGGCAGAAAGUGACGUCAGAUGUUUCCAACAAUGCCCCGUGUGGAACACAACCUCCCAGUUCACUGUGUCCGUGCCUGAGCUGGCUUUUGCUCGCUUCCUGGUGCAGGACUAUGACAGCUCCUCGAAGACUGACUUCAUCGGACAGUUCACGCUGCCAUUCACCAGCUUACAGCUAUGUAUUGUACGAAGACCCCACCCGUUUAAAACUGGGAGGAGUGGAGGAAAGAAUGGGUAGUGGGAAUGAGCAACUGGAGAGCAAACUCUCAUUCUACAAGACACAGACUGUCACAUGGAAGCUCGCUGAGACCUACCCCUUCCCCAAGGACAGAGCUGAGGAGGGUUUUUGUUAG